CCCCAGCGCCCUCAGGGGAGCGAGCACCGGGCCCCACUCCCGCCUCGCCGCCCGCCCACCGCCGUGCCAGCCCCUAGGAUGGGCGCCCCGAGUGGGUGCCGAGCGCCAGUGUGGGCCCUCGCGGCCCUGCUCUUGGUGCAGAAGGCAGAGACCUGGCACAGCCUGGAGCAGAGCGUAGACAGAGCCGAGCCUGUCGUGUACAGCCCGCGGGUGCACGGGGCCCAGCGCGUGGCCUUCCUCAUACCCAUCGCUGUCUUCCCCACCAUGAGCUCCCUGAAUGCGGCGCACAGUGGGCGGGUGUGCAGCACCUGGGGCGACUCCCACUACAAGACCUUCGACGGCCACCUCUUCCGCUUCCCCGGCCUGUGCAACUACGUCUUCUCCGCGCACUGCGGGGCCGCUUACGAGGACUUCAACAUCCAGCUCCGCCGUGGCCUCGUGGGCUCCAGGCCCAUCAUCACCCACAUCGUCCUCAGGACGCAGGGGCUGGUGCUGGAGAUCGCCAACGGCUCUGUCCUCAUCGACGGGCGGCGGUGAGCCCAGCUCCGGGGCGCAGAGGGGCCUG